CUUGUAUGACCCACCAUCUUUGUUGUUGGAUACAUAUAUUUAGGUAGCGUCAAAAAUGGUGGAUAGUUCAAAGCGUGUCUGAUGUACUCGUCUCAUAUCUAUCUUUAAGUACAGAAAUCACCUUGCUAGAUAAAACCUCUAAUUUUCUUCUCUUCGUUCUUUUUACAGUUUUAAGUGAUAUGAUAAAGAAUGGCGUACUGUAAAACUGAUUAGGGGAUGUCGACUUCUGACACUUUUCAGAAACAAGUAGCCUCCAUCCUGGAGACGGUAACCAACUCUGCUGUGACAGAAGUGAGCAGAUUUGUUAAUGUUGGUUCGUCUGUUGGGCUAGGUGUGGAAGAAUAUGCGACUCCACCAGAAAAUGAAGCGCAGACAUUAGCAUUACCCUCGACGGCGUCAGAAACUAAGACGGCGCAGUUUGCUUGUAGCAUGGAGACACUGGCUAAAGAAGCAGUGAACAAAAUCUGCAAACUUGCUGUCGAAGAAUCUGCAGUUUUACGCUUGGAAGUGUCUCAGAGUCAGAAUGAGAAUGGAGACCUCAAGAGGAAGUUGAAGCAGAUGGAACAGGAGCUGAGGGCUGUGCAAGAUUCUGGUCUGGGAGAGAGACCCCUGAACACUCACUCUGUUGGAGUGCAGUUUGCAGAUAUUGCAGAUGGGAAUGUAUUAGUCAUUGUCAAGGAAGAGACUGUUGAAGAUGGUGGUGAUGCACAGCAAGAAUUUGAGAUCAGUGAAGAGGGACUUGGAGAGCUAAGUGGUGGAGAGGAACCUUCUUUUGAGAAUGGUGUGGAGACAUCUUCUACUCCAGUGGAGCCACAUGCAAACAUUGAAGAUCUAAGUGGAAACACAAAUGGGAACCAAAAGGAUAGGCCUAGCAAUGGGAGUAGAUGGCUCAGUUCCACCGCAAACGCAAAGACAAGAAGCAAGAGGCUCAUUCGUAAGACGCCAAAGGCCCUGGCACUGGAAAAACCUUUCAGCUGCAUUCAUUGUAAUAAGGCCUUCAACAUGAAACGUGGUCUUGACCAACAUCUCUUAGUUCACACUGAGAAAAAGUACAACUGCCUUAAAUGUGGGAAGGGCUUCACCCAGAAACAUAAUCUUAAAUCACACCAGUUUGUCCAUGCAUCAGAGAAACCAUUUAGCUGCACACAUUGUGGGAAGAGUUUCACAGUAAAACGUAGUCUUCAGGUACACGAGCUUAUUCACACUGGUGAGAAGCCAUACAGCUGUCUUACUUGUGGAAAGAGUUUUCGGCAAGCUAGUAACCUUAAAAUACACAACAGGGUCCACACUGGGGAAAAGCCCUUUUCCUGCAAUAUAUGUGGCAAGAGCUUCAGCAUUGCAAAUACUCUAAAAAAGCACCAAAUAGUUCAUACAGGGGAAAAAGCCUUUCACUGUGAUAUAUGUGGGAAGAAGUUUAGUCUUGCUAUUAAUCUUAAUAGACAUCACCGAAUUCACACUGGAGAGAAGCCAUUUAGCUGCGAUGUAUGUGGGAAAAAAUUCAGUCAAGCGAAUAAUAUGAAAGCCCAUAAGCAGAUUCAUAUAGAAGAAAUGUCCUACACAGUAGAGAAACCCUUUAGCUGUGUUACAUGUGACAGGAGGUUCACUUACAAAUGUUUGCUUAAAAAACACCAGCUCAUGCAUGCAGGAGAUAAGCAUAAACAAAUCCCCACAGGGAAAACAUGGGACUGUGCCUGUUGUGGAAAGACUUUUGGUUCUUUUUCUUCCCUUAGAACACAUUGGCGAGUUCACACAGGAGAGAGACCAUACAGCUGUGGUAAGUGUGGGAAGAGGUUCAGUCAGCCUAGUGCAUUGAUAACACACCAGAGAGUUCACACAGGAGAGAAACCAUUCACGUGUGAUGUUUGUGGGAAGAGUUUUGGCCUUCCAAAUGGGCUUAAAACACACCAGCGCAUUCACACAGGCGAAAAACCAUUCAUCUGUGGUACAUGCGGGAUGAGUUUUGGCUUUGUUGGUAAUCUUAAGAGGCAUCAGCGUACUCACACAGGAGAAAAACCUUUCAUCUGUGACGUAUGUGGGAAAAGUUUUAGUCAAGCAAAUAAUCUUAAAGCUCAUCAGCAAAUCCACACGAAAGAAAAACCGUUUAUGUGUGAUAAAUGUGGGAAGAACUUUGCUUAUUCACGAAAUCUGAGGGAACAUAAAUGUGUUUAUGCCUGAAGAAAACAUUCUACUACUCGCAGGUCCACAUUCUCCCAGACCCAAACCUUGAAAUAUCAGUGGACACCUAUCACCUAAAGAAAUUAGCUAGCAGUGUGUGAUUAUUUGGGUUGGCAUAAUGCAUAUUUUAUGCAGUUCUCAUUUGAGUUUAAGGCAAAAACAUAAUGUGGUAAAAAUGUUGUGCUGAUGCAUUUUUCCACAAUACACUACUAUGUGACCCACCGGACCCCCUUCUACACUUGACAAGUUCUUUUUUGGUAUGUUUGUGUUCCAUUGUCUUGCGAUUGGAAGAAAUUGCCCUUGUAUCAUCUGACCACUGUUCCUGGUAUUAUGUGGCAUGGAAAUUGCGUGUUUGAGAACAUUUCCUGUUCUUUAGUUCUGUUGUUGCAAAUUUGUUUUCUACAGAAAAUAUGCAAUAACUAAAUUAAUUGUAUGUUUUUGUGUUCCUCAAUCAACCAUCACCCAUGUUAUCUUUACAAAAGAUAAAUUGGAAAAUAAAGGACUAUUCCAGAA